UGAAGUGGUAUGCUGAGGGUCACGAGGCACCCAUAGCUCCAGAGACAUGCCACUCUCCUCUGCGCAGCGGUACGUAAAGGUUGCAUUGGUUAAGUGCUCCAGCCAGAUAUUACGUUCGAUGCAUUUCUUUGUGGUGUUCUCCAUGGUCGCGGCUAUGGCUCAGGCAACCAGCGUGCCUCCCACCGCUGAGAAGAACAGUUGUUCAGGCCUCAAGGACGAUCGCUCCAUUCUGUCAACUCUAUUAACGGUCACAGGCUACAGUGACACUUGCGUGACCGCCGUCCUGGACUUCUGUAGCACUGGACAAGAAGACAGCCGCUAUGUGUCCCUCAUGGAGGAGGCAAAGGAAGUGGUGCAGCAGGUCAGUGUUGCUGUAAACAAAUGGGAGUCUCGGCCACGUCACUGCAAGGACUUACUGGACUCCGGGGACAGCGGGAGCGGCCUGCGCCAGGUAUACCCUUACCCUGGGCAACCCCACCACCGCGUCACCGUGUUUUGUGACCACACCGUCGACGGCGGGGGAUGGACCGUCUUCCAGCGGCGCACCAGUGACGCCGUCCGCCAAAAUUUCUACCGCACUUGGAUCGAGUAUCGGUUGGGCUUCGGCGACCUGGAGGGUGAAUUCUGGCUGGGCCUUGACCUUCUGCACCAGCUGACCUCCACCACCCUGCAGCAGCUGCGAAUUGACCUGCACGAUUACGAGGGAGGACAUCGGUGGGCUAAGUACGGAUUCUUCCACGUGGGCGCUCCGGAGACCAAGUUCCGCCUCAGUGUUGGAAGUUACAGCGGGAACGCAGGGGACAGCUUUGCAGCAAGACACAACGGCAUGCCAUUCACCACCCGUGAUGCUGACAACGACAACUAUAGUGGCGGGAACUGUGCGGAAGAACGCCUCGGUGGUUAUUGGUAUGAUGAUUGCGAUGAUUCUAACCUGAACGGCUACCAGUAUAUUGGCAAUGACACCAUUGGCUAUAAAGGCAUUACCUGGCUUCACUGGAGCGGUGCGACUUACUCCCACAAGGCGACAUCCAUGAUGAUACGAUAAGACACUCUCUUGCCUCAUGUCUUGAUCACAAUCCUGUAUACGUAGCUAUAUGUAUUGUCAAUAACUCUCUCUCUCUCUCUCUCUCUCUCUCUCUCUCUCUCUCUCUCUCUCUCUCUCUCCUUCACUGUGCUUCUUGCUAACCAAUGUCAUUAACAACAAAAUAAGCUGAUAAUAAAUUCAUCAUUGCCUCGA